UUCUUCAUCACACAUAUCAUUCAAGAGACAGUAGCGAGGGUACGCAGCACCUAACCACACCCAGGCUAGAGCAACGCACACGGCUACGCCCAGCCCAGCAGGUGGCAAGCUCAAGUUCAACACGAACCGUGCGGGAAGACAACUUUAGGCACGAGCACCAGUUGAGCCUACCAUUCAAGGGGCAGUGGCGAAGGAACGCGGCGUCGGACUACACCCAGGUCGGAGCAGCGCGUACGGCUACGCCCAGGUCAGUGGCCCAGCGGAGGGACAUAGAGCAGAAGCAGGAGGACCCCGCGAUCAUUCCCGGCCAGGGAAGGUGAUAAGCUCACGCGCGUUGGGAAGCGGGUGGGAAAGCGUGUCCAACACUAACACAGCUUGGACUCGGCGCAGCGUGAGCAUUCUACGAGGAAGUACGCGACGCCCUACUAUUCUUUCACCCUAUACAUCGCGCGCAGUUACACGCGUCCCCGUUGCAUAACACAGGGAUAUACCGCAGAGGGCGGGCAGUACUAAGCCAGCUGCUGGGCAUCCGAGGAGACACUUUUCUAGGUACGAGUGCGACCGAGGCAUAUUCUAUUGAGCUGAGGAAGUGCAGCAGGCGUUGGACAACCUCGUUUGACAGGGGUGUGCGCCGCCGAGCGUAGCUAGGCAUUGAGGCCCAAAACUAGCUUUGUAGGGGGGGCACGGCUACUCCUCACGCAACUUAGACAGGGGGACGAUAUGAGCGGUAGCCGGCCGAGGAAGUGUACCUUCGUCUCAGCCACCAGCAGUGGCCGGACAACCCGCUGCAGGCGGGACAUAUACUGCAAUACGUACCUCAGAUGUUAUACGCACUGCCAGUGCCGGGGUAGCGAGGUCGGCCGCCCACCUCGCACCCUAUAUCACGGGAGGGCGUUGUCAGAGGGGGUCACGUACAUGACGAGUGGCAUUAAGGAAACCCGCGAGACGGCAACCCACCCAGAUGUGUCUAUUUGCGAGGGAGCGAGCUAUAAAAGCGGAGGAGUAUGGGAACUUGGAAUACGAGACGUGCCCCACCGGCGAAGGGACUCAGGUUACGGCAGGUCCGACAGUUCUGAAAGCAGUACUGGGUCGUCGCCCUCAUACACCAGAGAGAUCGACUGCUCAGCGGCCUGCGCGCUAGGAAGGGAGCGAAAGCGUUACGGGAGGGCGCUAGACGCGAACGUGUCUAUCGUAACGCCCAGUGUAUAUGACGGUGCGCCCCUCGGGAGCACAGGGAAUAGGAUGCCAUCCCGCUCGGAGGAGGUUCGAUGCGCCUUCGCUCUGUGGGAAACUGCAGAUUUGGCUUUUGCGACCGCGCCCGGGCCUUGGGACGGGUCGGGGGGGUCGUGGAGGUUCUCACUCAAGGGAGGGAAGAUAUUCCUCUGGUCCAGAGGGACUUGUGUACAGGUCCGCAGGGUCUCCGACAUUUACCAUUCGCCGUGGUACCGAGCAUCAGGGCGCAGCAGGUUGACGUUAGCGGCCAGAGCAAAAGCUGUAGCGGAGGGCCUGGUGUCACUAGCGAAUGCUGGCACCGUCAGGAUAGUGAAAGACUUCAGGGGUGCGAAGUUCAGCGUGCUGUUCGACGCCCCUCUUCCGGUGACGAGCAAGGGUAAGACUCCCUGGGCCAAGGUCGUAAGGCCAGGCACGAGUUGGUGGUUAGACUGCUGUGUGGCCACAGACGACGACAUGGGUCCAUCACACAUCGACGAGGAGAUGCUGGUCCCACACUGUGUAGACUGGGUAGGCUCUGGAUGCAGCACUGGCGAUAUGCCCACCACGGUUAGCGGCAGCUACCACUUCAGAGAGCGCAUUAGCGACGACGACUGGGUCGCGGCCAAGGUUCUUAAUGCCAAUGAGGUAGAGUGCAUAGGUGUCCCGGUAUAUGUCAUGAGGUCAGACCUGUUCUACACGGGCAAGCGACGGAUUUGCGUGCUAGAGCAUGACGUGGCGUUCGACAUAGCGCACGGAGCGAAGUACUUGGUCGUGGGACAGAAUAGAGGGAUAUUCUUCUUAGAAGAAAAUCUGGAGGACCCGAGGUUGCUUUUCAAGCCACUGAUCAGCACCCACCUGCGUGCGGAUGGGAGAACAAUGGUGUGCCACAACGACUUAUCGGUGCGUAUGAAUAGGUUACUGUGGCAGCACGUGAGUAGUCAAGGUGGCAAGGCCACGCUAGACAUAUGCGAGGCGGCAGGCAGUCUAGGUGUGGACGUGGGCGCCGCGGUGAUUGCACUAAGCUCAGGCAACUACACCUCACCCAUAGCAGUUGAGCAACAGCGUGCGUUCGACAUGAUGUUCAGAGACGACGGUCCAGGCCCACUGUUGCAUGUAUCUGUCCGGACAGCUGACUUGAUAUGCAGGACUUCCAUGCCCCUCAGUGGUGAACGUAUGCAGUCGAUAAAGAGCGGGGAGGUUGCAGUCUUCGAAAGCACAGAGGACGGUGUCUGGACGGGGAUAGGUCCUCCAAUUGAUCCUCUCCGUGAGAGGGGCGACUCCGGUGGGGGGCUGGCUGGUACAGCACUACAUGCAGACUUACCUGUCGUCACUCCUGUGCUUGGGCUGGAUGCCCGAGUGCGGAUAUAACCUCCUUGCUAGUAGAACUGUAGUGUUGCGGUAAUAAAACGGCGAGGCACCGAGCGAGCUUCAAACCCACCAGAUAGUGAUGGGGACAUCACGGUGCUCUCCAUG